AUUACGACAUAAAACUUAGCCAAAAUUAAAAUUAAAGACCGGAAAAAGUAAAUGGGCGGAUAAUUCAAAAUGGCAGAAGAACUCAAUGAAUCAUCUGGGCAGAGAAAGAAAAAUCUUAUUGAAAAUGUGUUAGUCCCUGCACUUGAUAAUGCCAUCAUCAAAAUUGCCAAAGUAAGAAAACGUCAACCCCACAAAUGUCGGAACAAAGCCAGAGAGAUAUCCUGUAACGUAAUACAAUAUUAUAGCAAGGUCUGUGUAAAGAGUAAUUCAAAAUUAACAUCGAAACUUCAAAGUCAUGUGACACCACUUGAAGAGUGUUUAGAGAAUUUGGAUGCAACAGCCAAAUUGGUUUCUAGCUGUCAGGAAGAGAAAAAGGUAUUGGUAGAAAUCUAUCAGAAGAGCAAAGACAAUAAUAAAGUCAACAGAGAAAACAAACUUACAUUCAACUUAUUAUCCAGACUUAAACUACCUCAUGCUUUUAGCUGUGAUGUUAUAUCUGAAUGACAUGACUAUGUUGUAGAAAAAGAUUUUUUUUUAAAUGUUGAAACAAGCUUAAACAUACCCAGCUUUGGUAAGGAAAAGAGAUGUUGGGUGCAUUCUGAAGUUAAUCCAUUAGGGCUUAAUACAUCUCUUAGCUAAGUAACACUAAAACAAAUUUAACCUUUUCUUAAAGGUUGUAGUAUUUGUUAUUGCCCACUUAAAAUUUCUGAUUGCACAUUUUAAGUUUCAAUAUUGGCACUAUUAAUUUACGAGAUCAUACCACCUGGAUUUAUACUAUAUUGCAACAAAUCACUUACUGAUUUAACAGCAGACAUGAUAAUUAGGUUCAUUCUAGGAGACUAAAGAAGCAGUGAGACUGACAAUGUUAACAACCUCUUUUGUAAGAGAUCUGAUUCUCCCACUCUAUCAACUUACUUAAUCCUUAUAGCUUGUCAUGCCUGCCAGUCAUGGGUUAGCCACCUCAGUAUAAACGUAAUGCCAAGUUUUGCUUGUGGUUAGCACAAUUUCUUCCAUGUUUCCAGUGGUGUUAUUUUUUUUUAAUUCAGAGUCCACCUCAGUGCCAUCUUCUGGAUCUUUUUAAGACAUUCGCUAUGCAUGACCCAGCCAUUGCCUCCCUCUUGCCCUUAUUUUGUAAUUUCGCACACAGUAUCAUUUAGCACUCUCCUUAUUUCGGGAUUCAAUUCUUCAAUUUUAAUUUCCAGGAUACGUUGAAUGGAUUGUCUCUCAAAGGCUCUCUGUUAAUAUCUGUGGUAAUGAAUGAGGUUAAGAAAAAUUAUUUUGUGGGGUGGGGAGAGUCAUGUUUAGUGGUUCAGAAGAGAGAUUUCUCACUGUAGGCACUAAUGUGGUUGAUGUUGAAAACACUUGUACAGUUGUAGAGAACUAAAAAGACACAUUUGAUGUGGGGAAAAUGCUGAAAAUAAUGUAUUAUAGAUUUGUUUUCCAAGAACUUUAUAUCAUGCCUGUACUUGUAAAUGGGGUGAAAUAAUAAAACUUGUUACUCUAAUUUCAUAACUAAAUAGUAGUAUAUUUAAAAUUCACAUGGGAUAUAUCAGUUUAUCAAGUAAGAUGGUUCAUUUUGAAGAACAUAGUCAUUAAGUUUUAAUGUCAAUUUUGCUAGAGUAUUAUUUUUGUAAAUAAUUACUUCAUCCACAAAUAUGUAAUAUAUGUAUUUAAAAAUAUUUGGAAAAUGUCAGUCCUUUCUAUCUAUAUUGAUAAUUAAAUAAUAUAUUGACAUUAGUUUACUUUACACACUGUUAUUGUUUUGUAUAGUCUAUUAUAUUAUUUUAACUUGGGGAUAGUGUUGUAAAGUUUGGUUUCCAGACUUGUUCAUGGGCACUGACUUUUCCCUUCAUGGACCAAAUUCACAAAACCAGGUAACUUUACAGGUCUAGAUUGUAGUCUAUUAUUUUAAAAUUAAUAGCUAAGUUGUACAACAAAUUUUAGUUACUCAUUACAAUUAUUCUUUCAUAAUUUUUGUAUGAUUAAAGUGCUAUGCAUUUUUGUUAAAUGUAUUAUUUUAAACCAA